CUAAACAAUUGGCAUAUGAUAGUCCCUACCUGUCAGUAAAUGAGAAUAAAAGCUGGCUUCAGCAGAGAAACUUUGUAGAAAUUACUAUCCUUCCUGCCCUUAAGAAAUAUAUUAAUAAAAGCCUUGAAUAUCUAGAUAAAGAAGUAGUUCGA